UGUGAUGAUGAUCGAUAUGAAUAUUUCAUCAAAUUAAUGCUAAUGUUCUCCUUGCUGCAACCUGUUCCCGUGUCAUUGUUGACAUGAAACUAUAGAUAUGGGACACAGGACUACAGUCUUGAUGUUUUGGCUUUUUGCAUUGCUGAGAAUAAUUCACAAUACUUCCGAUUAUCUUAAGCAGAGACUUGAUUUCAAGUCAAAUGAAAAACUUCAACUGUUGAACCAUUCAUCGUCCCUUCGCAAUGUGCUUUUUAAUCAGAAUUCUGGAUAUCAAGUAGCAGAUGAUCCUAUCACACGUGUUGGUUUUCGGUUCGAGGUAUCGAGAGUAGAGAAAUUUGAUGAAGUUGCGGGAGAGUUAAAACUUCUGUCAUCUAUUUUCAUGUUUUGGGCUGAUAUUCGUCUGGCCUGGGAUCCUAGCAGCAUCUCUAUUUUCCAAGAAAAGGCUGGAUAUUCCUUCACUAUCACCUACUUACAGAUGAAAUUAAAGGAUAUAUGGAAACCAGACAUAAAAUUGUUCAAUCCUCUAAAUGAAAUGAACAUCUUCAAGGAAAAGGGAGAUGAAAAUGCUGUCUUCGGUUCCCCUGGUUUAGUUUACUAUGACAGCUUAUUGAAAACAAAUACAUUUUGUGAACCGAAUCUCAAAGCUUUUCCAUUCGACGAACAUGAAUGCUCUGUUCAAUUUGUAGCCACUUCCACGAUGAUCGCUAACAUACCAAACAAAGCAAAGGUCUUAUAUGAUAAUGCAAAAUGGAUAUAUUACCAAAUGGCGCCAUGUGACCUUGAUCUUGCGCCAAGUGCCUACGGAUCAGAAGUGAACAACGAGCGUCGGGUUCUUGUUUUUCCUAUUAAGUUAAUUCGAAAAUCCUCGUAUCUUUUUGUGAAUAUUGCGGUUCCACUUCUUGUUCUCAGUAUUUUAAAUACUGUUGUCUAUUUUAUCCCUGCCGUACCAGAAGAGAGGUUAUCUUUUUGUAUUGCCCUUCUGCUAUCCUUUACCGUGUAUCUCAUCUACGUUGCGGGUCUGAUUCCAGAAACUUCUAACCCAAUCCCUCUUAUAAUCUAUUUUCUCAUCUUUCAGUUCUUGUUAAGCGCGUUUAUCACAUGUUCCAGUUUUUUGACAGCUACGCUUGGACAGCGACAAGAAGAACGACCAAUUCCGAACGUCGUCACACGACUUUUGAAAAUAUGUCGCCGAAGAAAGCCCUCGAUCGAAGAUGACGUCACUGAUGACGAGAGAUUAAAGAGUAGUGAAAUAACUUCUAGAAAAGUCACAUGGAAAAGCGUUGCCCUGUUAGUGGACAGGGUGUUUUUAUCCAUAACUGUGGUUUUUCUCUUGAUAGAAGUUAUUCUGUUUGUUUACCUUGCCUCUCGAUUAUCUGCCAAUGUGGAACUCAAUCUCACGUCAGAUAUCUGCCGUGCAAAUCCAUUGAAUUUAACUGAUAUAUGUUUGGACGACGUAUCUGGGUUUUGUAUUUCACCGAGCAUCGUGGCAUAGGUUUGUACUUUCGUCAGAUUCAUACUUUCCUUACCCGAUUUUUAUCAAGCAUCCUGUCGAUUUUAAAGUUUGAUAUAAAGGUCAAUGUCAUUGGAGAUUCAGAAUUCUAAUUGUGUUCAAAAUGUUGAGUGUGUAUACAGCCAACUCCGGAUAUACCGAAAUUCAGGGGACCGACCUGCAUGAAUUGUUCAUUAUAUCCAAUGGUCAACAUAAUUGAUGCUGAACUAUAAAGAUAAUGUUACUGAGGAUUUAUUUUUCUUCAAUAUCAAAUAUAGUUCAAUAUGAUAGACUUCAAUAUGCAUGGAGUAGACUGUAUUGUCAGAGUUCCCACUGGAGCAAAAUAUGAAUUACACCAAAUUUUCAUGGCAAGCAAUCUGCCAAAUGUCGGAUAGCAAAUCGGCGCAGAUCAUUCCUUUACUUGUCAGGAAAUUCAAAAGUGGUGUUUAAUAGAUUAUCGCCGACAGACUUUAGUAUCAUCAUUGUGACAUCUCACCUGAGAGAGAGAGAAAUAUGCAUUUGAAAACGAUUUUCUGUGUAAAAAUACAUUUCCAAUGGAAUUCUAAAAAAUCAAUCGUAUGGGAAACGUCUAAAUCAUAUCAGAAUCAUCCAAAUACCUACAGGAAAAUAAAGAUCCUAUGAUAUCGUAGGAUUUUAAGAAAA